GCAAAGAUGAAACAAAAAGAAGAGAGCUGGAGGUGUUUGGAUGAGUUUUCCCUGACUUUGUUUGAGAUUCGGAAGAGGCAUAGUGGACUGAACGCAGCUCAAACUUAAUAGGGCAGGAAGAACCAUCUAGCAAUAUAAGUAAGUUAGGCACACUGCAAGAUCAACACGGAAUUACAUUAACAGAACAGGACAAAUUGAAGAAAAGGUGGGAACAAUACACUGAAGACCUGUACAAAAGACAUGAAAGCUGACAGAUUCCUUCUAAGAAGAAUAUUUUGAAGAACCUACAGUGAUGUGAAAGCUGCACUGAGAGUAAUUGAGAAAAACAAACCACUAGAAACAGGUGCGAUAUCCAUACAGCAAUUCCAAGCCACAGAAAUCGUCUAUCAAAUGUUUGACAAGAAUCUGCUAACCAAUAUGGAAAACAAAACAAUGGCACACAGACCGAAACAGGUCAAUCUACAUUCCAAUUUCAAAAAAGGCAACAUUAAAGACUGCAGUAACUAUCAAAAUAUCUUCAUUAAUUUCUCACACAAGUAAAGUGAUGCUCAAAAUUUUAAAACAGAGGCUGUUGCCAUAUAUGGAACGAGAAAUGCCAGGUGUUUAAGCUGGAUUCUGAAAAGAAGGAAGCUCUAGAAAUCAUAGCAAAUUAACAGUGGUUACUGGAACAUACAAGAGAAUUUCAGCUUAUGUUUCAUAGAUUAUAAAAGCUUUUGACUGUAUGGAUCAUGAAAAACUGUGGUUGGGUUUAAAAAGGUUUAAAUAAGUGUGCCACAGCAUCUGAUAGUUUCAAUGCACAAUCUGUAAUCCAGAGAAGAGGCUCUGUUAAGAAACAAUAUGGAGAAACAGAGUGGUUUCCAAAGGUGUCAGACAAGGAUGUAUCUCCCUGUUUCUUCAGUCUGUAUGCAGAAUAUAGCAAAAGGAAAGCUGGAUGAGAUUUCAAUGGAAGUGAAAUGAAAAUUUGGAGGAUGAACACAGAUGUAUGCAGAUGCCAUCACAGACUUGAAACGACUGUUGUUAGUUGCAGGAUUACAGUUGUACAUCAAGAGGACAAAAGUAAUGACCACUGGAGAAUUUCACAACUUUAAAGCUGACAAUGAAGAAAUUGAAUUUGUUAAAAGAUUUUCUAUUUCUUGGGCCCAUCAUAAACUGAAAGAAAGACUUCAACCAAGAAAUCAGAAGGCAGCUGAGACUGGGUCAAAUAGCCGGGAAGGAGUUAGAACAGUGAUUCCCAAAGUGGGCGCCACCGCCCCCUGGUGGGUGCUUCAGCGAUCCAGGGGGGCGGUGAUGGCCACAGGUUGCAAUGGCAACUCAUAAGGAACCAAAAUGUCCCGAUGGACCAAAAAGUAAACAUUCAGUGAAUGGAGCUGGAGCUUCUCAAGCACAAUGGGGAAGAGCUUGGAGCGUUGACUGGAUUUCCCUGUCAUCUGUCAUUUUUCUACUCCUGUUUGCACCCCUCAUUGUGUAUUAUUUUAUAAUGUCAUGUGAUCAGUACAACUGCUCCUUAACUACACCAGCUAUUGAAAUUUUCACUGGGAAAACCCACCUCUUAGAUAUCUGGAACAAGACACCAUCACUGACCUGGAAAGCUGCAAGCCUCUAUAUUUCUUGGGUAAUUUUUCAGGCAAUUUUGUACAUGCUUCCUGACUUUGCCCACAAGAUAAUUCCUUGGUAUCGAGGAGGAUUGCAAGAAGGUGCAGUAACACCUGCUGGUGUCACACUUAAGUAUGAGGUCAAUGGACUUCAAGCCUGGCUUAUCACAAGUGCCUUUUGGUUUGCAAACGCUUACUACUUCCACUGGUUCUCACCCACCAUCAUUUUUGACAACUGGAUUCCACUUCUAUGGUGUGCAAAUAUUCUUGGCUAUGCAGUAUCUAUAUUUGUAUUUGUGAAAGCCCGCUGGUUCCCGACUAAUGCAGAAGACUGCAAAUACACUGGUAACUUCUUUUAUGACUUCAUGAUGGGGAUUGAAUUUAAUCCUCGUUUAGGAAAGUGGUUUGACUUCAAACUGUUUUUCAACGGUCGCCCAGGCAUUGUAGCAUGGACUAUUAUUAACCACUCCUUUGAAUCUAAACAUGAGGAAUUGUAUGGUCAAGUAACCAAUUCUAUGAAUCUCAUCAAUGCUCUUCAGGUUCUAUAUGUCCUAGACUAUUUCUGGAAUGAAGCCUGGUAUUUGAAAACUAUUGACAUCUGCCACGAUCAUUUUGGAUGGUACCUAGGCUGGGGAGACUGUGUUUGGCUUCCUUACAUGUAUACCCUGCAGGCAUUAUACUUGGUCUACCACCCUGUUCAGCUUUCCAGAAGCACCACAGCUGAGAUUCUGCUAUUGGGACUGUUGGGCUAUUAUUUCUUCAGAAUGACUAAUCAUCAGAAAGAUCUCUUCCGUCGCACUGAUGGAAACUGUAAAAUCUGGGGGACAAAGCCUAAAUAUAUUGAAUGCUCCUAUAUGUCAGCUGAUGGGACCAAACAUUAUAGCAAGUUGUUGACUUCAGGAUUUUGGGGAGUGGCCCGUCAUUUUAACUAUACAGGAGACUUAUUGGGGUCCCUGUCAUACUGCCUGUGUUGUGGAUUUGAUCACAUCCUACCUUAUUUCUACAUUAUUUACAUGACAAUUCUCCUGGUGCACCGCUGCAUUAGGGAUGAACAUAGAUGUUCCAGCAAAUAUGGCAAGGAUUGGAAUCGAUAUUGUGAUGCAGUCCCUUAUCGGCUAUUUCCAGGUGUUUUUUAAACCCUUAACUUUGGAGGCCAGUAAGAACCUCCACUUCUUUUUUCAACAGAACAAGUAUUGAGAGUGUCCAAAUAAUAUAACAUCAAUAACAUCAUUUGGCUGUUGACUUAGACAUGAUGCAAAUCUCACGAUUUUUUUGACCCUAAGAUAUUUUUUUUAAAUGUGAGGGUGCUUUUUUGUAACAGUGUUUGAUUUGGCUGUUGUAGGUUUUUCAGACUGUAUGGCCGUGGACUGGUGAUUUUAGCUGCUAAUAUUUCAUUUGUUGUUGAUUUGCUCCUCCCUCCCCCCCACAAACCCUACUGUGGUACUGCACCCUUGCCUGGUUCAAAUUCACUGAGUGUGCUGUCCCUCCUUACCCGAGUGGUCUUCGGCCCAUCCUUGCCUCAGGUGAUGUGGGGCGUAAGCUCAAGUGCUCUGCUCCACCCCCUGGGGCCCAGGCCUUGGUCCUGUUGGUGCUUUUGUUACAGGGGGUGGCAGGGGGUUGCCCAUCAGGCUGGGUGGCAUAGCCUGGCACCACAUCUCUUGGCCCUGACUGGGUGGUCCUACUGGGCCCCAAACCCCUCACGCUUUCACUCUCAUUCAAAGUCUCCCUCUUCUCUCCCUGUCUCAGCCCUCUCUCAUUCCUGCCGGCCUUUCUACCCCCCCCCCCUCUUUCCCCACCCUUCCUUCCAGUCCCAUCCCCUGCAUCCUUUCCUUCAAAGCCACAUUGGGCCAUAGGCUCCCAGCCUGGCCUGGCUGGGUCCCCUGUUGGCCACUUAGCCCACGACCCCACCUUCGCAUUGAGGCGGGGAAAGGAUGAUGACUGCCUCUGCCAGGGAGCCAAGAGUGUGGCUGGCUUGGUGCUGGUAGGUAGAGGGAUCAGGCCUGGCCACCACAGCCUGGCACCCUUGGGCCCUUCCCCCCCCUCCCCCCGCUUACUUUAGUGCAGGCUGGAGAAGCAGACUGUUCCCUUCAGGCUAAAAACAGUCUGGUGGGAACUACAUUUCCCAUGAGACCCUGGGGCUCGCAAGGUCUCCUGGGAAGUAUAGUUCCCAACAGGCCGUUUUCAGCCUGACGGGAACAGGCCGCUUCUCCGGCCUGCACUGUUUCACAAAGGUAAGUGGGGGGGGGGUGUCCCUCCCGGCGAGCGCCCAUUGCAACGUGCACCCCCAGUUCCCCUGGUAGCUCCGCCUCUGCCCUGCUUACUUCCAAUGCAGGGGUCCUAGUUGGCACGUUGCUACUGCUGCAGGCUGCCUCAGCGCUUUGGGUAAGCUGCGGGGAAUUGGAGGGGCACCAGGCAGUGUUAGGGCUUAGGCGGCAGGUGAAGUCUGAAGCACCAACUGUCGUCAUCCUCAGACACACUCCCCGCCCCUCAGCGAGGCAUCCUCCUUGUUGGCAUUGUACGUACAGAAAAGAGAGAAGAAGAAGAGUUGGAUUUAUUUCCCCUCUUUCUCUCCUGUAAGAAGACUCAAAGGGCUGACAAUCUCCUUUCCCUUCCCCCCGCCCCCAACAAACACCCUGUGAAGUAGGUGGGGCUGAGAGAGCUCAGAAGAACUGUGACUGUUUAAUUGACACACAUACCGCUGAUUUUCCAUUAUGAAGAAAUUCAUUGAUAACAGCAUUUCAUUUUUUCUAAAUGUUUGAAUAGUAGGGUAGUUGGGUAUGUCUGCAGUGGUUCAGCUGUUGAGAUUUAAAAAAUACUCAUGAAGCAAACAGCAGAAUAACUGCUACCAAGUUUAUUUUUGCAUUCUGAAAAAUGGGUAAUUUUGUUUGCUGGGGUACUGCCCUCAGUUACUAGCCUGGAUUUAUUGUAUACAUUUGCUAUUUACUGCCUUACCCUUUUGUAUGCAUAGGUCCUCUUUCACACAACCACAUUCACAUACUUUAAAUGAGAAUGGCAACCCCUCUGUCUAGUUUUUUUAAAAAUGCACUGAAGUGACACUUCUCAACAAUAAAAAUUAAUACAUUUGUAUACAUUAGCAUCAGUCAAUCUACAGCAAGAUGUAACAUGAGAAUGGUUCUCUUGCAAAAAUGGAAACUGAAGGCCAGUUUGAGACAGUUUUGGCCUGACAACUGCCUUAAAAUGGGUCUUGUAUUUAAAUGUGUACUUGUAUAUACUUUUCUGGAUAUGUUAAAACUAAGAGGUUUUAUGUAACAUGAUAAACAUCAUUAAAUACAGAAUAUAAAUAGCCUACCAUUUGGAAAAACAGUAAACUGGGAACCUAACCUGCAUAAGCAGAUUAGUUGCCUCUUUUAUAUGGAGUAUUAGGUCUUGGACUCUUAAGCCAAUAAAUGGAAUCUGAAGUAGCAUUUAUUGAUUAGGCAUUGAAGCACCAUACUGGUAAAGCCAGUUCUCACGAAGCUGACAUCCACAGCCCCCUUUAUCCCCCGAGUGAGCCCCCCCUCCUGUUUUCCCAAGAAUUUGUGACAGCCUUUGGAGCUAAGGUGCCCCAAGGUUGCCAGCAGAUAGCAAGAGAAAGCCACCUGGCUUCCUGCCCUAUGAGGUAACAAAUGUAACAUUGUUCCAAUGGGAUAGGAGAACCGGGGGAAGCCUAGUUGUCUACAAGGGUGUGAAGCCAAAAGUAAAGAUCAAGGAAAGAAUGCGCAGAUGGCAGUGGAUACAUAUAGCAGGCUGGUUACAUAUAUCUUAGCAGCAGCACAGUUCUGGGAAUACAUCUCAAUCACCUAGAUAGCAUCCCCCUGACAUUUCAGUCACCUAGGCUAGAUAACAUCCCUCUGACAUAGAGCUCCAUAGCUCAGUCUUGGGAAAACUAGCGAGGUCAGGAUCUGAGAGAAUGGGCCACAAAUACAAACUUCUUUUAGGGCUUUCUUAUUCAUUAAACAGGCUGCUUGAAAUGAACUAAAAGAAGGUUUAUCUGCAGCAGAUACAACUCUGUGCUACAUGUGAUCAUAAGAUCUAGCAACACACAAGAGGAAAAUGAAUAUUUUUAAAACAUUAAAUUAAAAAUUCAACCAUUUGUAUCAUACCUUAGCCAACGUUGAUUAGUUAAAAUUGCAAGGUUUUGUAUUCAUUUUGUACGCAGUAUAGAAUGGAAUAUUCAUAAUUCCAGAUUCAAAGAUGGAGCAGUAAAGAAGGAUGUAAAUGCAGUUCAUGUAAUUGCCAGCUGGUUCAUCUAAUGUGACCAUAUUUUGUAAAAAAAAUAAAAUAAAACACAAUCUACCUUCAUAAA